AUGGCUCCGCCAGGCCCGCCCAGCGCGGCCAGCGAGACGAGCGCGGCGCGGCACAGAGCGGCGGGGCGGCUCCGAGCGCGGAGAGCGGCCAGGAGCGCCGGGCGGGCGGAGCGCAGCGGCCCCAGCGCCGGGCCCGGGGCACGGCGGGCUCCGAGCGGGCCCCGAGACACAGCGCGCCCCGAGACCAGCACGCACCCCGAAUACAACGCACCCCUGAGCUCAGCACACACCCUGAGCCCAGCGCACCCCGAGACCAGCACACACCCCGAAUACAACGCACCCCUGAGCUCAGCACACACCCUGAGCCCAGCGCACCCCGAGACCAGCACACACCCCGAAUACAACGCACCCCUGAGCUCAGCGCACCCCGAGACCAGCACACACCCCGAAUCCAACGCACCCCUAAACCCAGCGCACCCCCUGAGCUCAGCACACCCCCUGAACCCAGCGCACCCCCUGAACCCAGCGCACCCCGAAUCCAACGCACCCCCGAGACCCAGGGCACCCUAA